AUGGCGGAUUCUCAAAUUCCAGAGGACUAUGACGCUUUAGAUCAGAAAAUGGAAAACAAUAAUAGAAGAUAUGGAGAAAUAGAAGAGGUGAUAGAUGAUGUGGAGAGGGCUUUUGAGAAGUUCCAGAACUUCGAAAUCCUUAACAGUGCUCCAUAUGAUCACUGUUUCCUUUCCAAGAGAACCAUGAACUGCAGAAGAAGUAAUCUAACCGAACAGAUGAAGCAAGAAUGGAAGGUGUUGAAGUUCAGUCUCGCCAAGUCAUCCAUUUACGUGAGAGCCUACGAGGAGAGGCCUGAUCUCAUGCGAGCAAUUAUCGUAGGCCCUGAGGGAACCCCUUAUCACCACGCUUUGUUCUGCUUUGACUUUCGCUUCCCUUCCAAUUAUCCCAAUCAAACCCCAGACUUGUUCUAUCGCUGUUAUUAUGCCCCUUCUUCCAUUCCUAAUGGAAAGCUUAAGGGUUUUUUGAACCUCAAAAUGAAAUCUCAUUCUGCUCCGAUGACAAUACUACGUCUCCUCACUCUCAUCCAGAACUCCUUCCUUAUUAACAAACACGAUGAGGCUCCGCGCGUUCCUUCCGCUGCAGAAGAACCUAACAUGAGAGUAAUGAAACAAACCUGGGAGGCCAUGCUUUGCAUGUUGAAGUCGCCGCCUCAGAAUUUUGAAGUGUUCGUCCAAGGAUACUUUCGAACUAGGUCCCACCAGAUUCUCAUGAACUUUAAAUUCCGUAUAGGUCUUGACGAAACAACCAUAGGGCUCUUCUUCAGACUCAUUAAAGCGUUUGAAGCGAAUGGAGCUUACUGUCAACAUCAUUAUAAUAAGGAUAAUGUUGAUCAAUUGCUUCUCAAAGCGAUGCUGCCCAGGCAGAAAUCUAACUCUGGUAUCGUCAAGAAAAUAUCAACUAUGUUUCAGGGUACGUUCUUGUAA